UUACGGCAGUCGCAUCACCAUAGUGAGACAACAACCCACAGCGGGGAUUUGCCAGCAUGGCGUUUACUCUUUACUCCCUCAUCCAAACCGCUAUUUUGUGCACCAAUGCCAUUGCCGUGUUACACGAAGAAAGGUUUCUCAGCAAGAUUGGCUGGGGUGUUGACCAAGGCACUGGCGGAUUUGGGGAUGACCCAGGAGUAAAAGCACAGAUCUUAAACCUCAUUCGCUCGGUCCGGACUGUCAUGAGAGUGCCCCUAAUAAUGGUGAACACCAUCUCCAUCGUCCUGCUCUUGCUGUUCGGAUGAUGGACAUACAGUGGAAUCUGAUGUUCAAGCACAGGACAAGAGACAAGCCAAGGACCAUGACAAACACUACUUGCUUAAACAUGCACCAGACUGCUUUUCUGCCUUCGUCAGUCAAGAGAAGGGUAGAGCCUUUUUUUAAAACAUUUCACAUUUAGCUUUAAUUUUUGUGUGAGCAACAGAACGUUACUCACAACUGUUGCACAUUUUUGACUGAUCUACAUAUAUUGAUUUUUUUUAUACAUAUACAAACUUGUAUCUCCACAUUCGAAUUUCAUUGUUAUCACUCUGUAACAAAAAGUAUAUGUACUGUAUGUGUAUCUGUACGUGGGGUUCACCUAUCCUUUAACUUUAGCUUGAUGCUCACUUUUGUUAGAGCACUAGAUCUUAAAUAUUUUCAUUUGUUAUCGUUAUUGUUGUUAUUAUCUAUUAGCUAAUUCAACAAUGUUAAUUUCCACAUGCAGUACUGUAUAUCUAUAUUUCUGUAUCUGCUUUUGUUAUGUUUUGUUUUAACUGAAAACUAAUGAACAAUGUUCACAAUUCAUGUUACAUCGUGUACUUAUCACCACAUCUGCAGCAUUUUUAACAAUAUAAAACAUUAAUACAAUUGCCAAAAAGUAAAUAAAAUACAUGCUUUAAAAACAAUAUUUGCGAUAUAAAGGUGUACUUGUAGAUCAAGUUUGUUGGUGACCCCUUGCGCAUACAGUACAGCUUUUCUUUUAUCUACUGUGAUUCGAUGAAUCUUAAGAUGCGUUUACAUGCAAUUCUGCAUCAAGUCUUCUGUUGUUUUUUUUUUUUAUUGUGAAUAAAUGAAAUGUUUUUCUUGC